AAUUGCUCGUCGAACAGAUAUGAGCACUGUCACUUCGAGGGCCGAUGUGACCACCGACACUGACUCGCCAGAUAUCUGUGGGGCGGCGCUGAAGAGAGGCGGACCGACGCAACGUCUGACCUGACCCGACCUGACCUGACCGGAACGCACCCGGUCGACUGGUCCUGACCUUUUCCGAUCCAUGAUCUAAAUUAACCUUCUCAGUCCCUUUACGACCAUUCCCAGCCCGAACCGAUCAGAUUUUAAAUCCGACUUGAUCUGACCUGCCGGUGAGAUGAUAAUUCCCAUGGACCGAGUGCGGCGGGCGUGUCGGAUACGCCACCCCAUUAUCCGAGAGAGCCUGGCCGAGCUGAUUGGAACAGCCACGCUGGUGUUUUUCGGCGAUGCGGCCAUCGCCAACAACAUGAUCAUCGGCAGCACCACCGCGACCGUGGUGAACGUGCCUCUUGGGUACGCCACGGCCCUGGCUCUGGCCGUCUACGUGUCGGGCGGCGUGUCAGGAGGUCACGUAAACCCCGGUGUGACCUUGGGAAUGUGCCUGACCGGUCGCUGUGACCUGAACCGGCUGUUGCCCUUUACGAUCGCCCAAUUUCUCGGCGGAUUCCUCGGCGCUGCACUCACUCACGGACUCUUCUUUGAUGUUUUCCAAGAUGAUUCCCAGCAUACAGACGAGCUAUAUGCUGCUGUUUUCGCGACAUACCCCAAUGGAUUCAUAUCUACUGGAGGAGCGUUCCUGGACCAGGCCAUGGGCACUGCGAUGCUGCUGUUUGGGAUCAUGGCCGUCACCGACCGACGCAACAUGGAGGUGCCCAAGGGCGGGGUGGGCGCCGCCAUUGGCCUGGUGCUCUUCGGGGUGAUCACUGCCAGCGGCUCCAACACGGGCGCAGCGCUCAACCCGGCCCGCGACUUUUCGCCGCGCCUCUACAGCUACAUCAUCGGCUACGACAACGUCUUCAAGGCAGGCGACCACUUCUUCUGGAUCCCGCUGGUGGCCUGCUACGUGGGUGCCUUCAUCGGCGCCUACCUCUACUUCUUCUGCAUCGAGGUGCACCAUCCGGACGAGCUCGAGGAGACUCCCGCCGGCCUGGAGCUUCAGAUGACCCCGGCGGACGUCAAAGUCACUCGACCCGCUCCCUCGCAGGGCCACCACAAUGGUGGAUUCCGGGACGAUGCGGACUAUUCCAGGGGUGGGGGUUUCCCGCGCGACUCCAGGCACCAGAGGGGUGCUGGAUACCCCAGGGAUCCGGGAUACCCCAGGGAUCCAGAUUACCCCAGGAGCGAUGCGUACCGGGAUAACAGGUACAGCUAGGGAGAUCACAGCUCGAGGAACAUGCACCUGUGGUCCCACAGAGUGCCUGAGAGCGUCAUGUCGGUAUGCAUGUGCUGAACGUUGUAUGUAUUUCAUAAAAAUCAAAGCUUCACUUUGUCACCUUGCUAUAGCAGAACCUAAGGACCGAUAAUAAUGGCAUGCUAACUUAAUAUGUGAUCGCUUGAUCGGAAAUAUCGAUGACGUCAUUGUCUCUGUAAGCGCCUUUAACAUCACUGUGACGUCAUUGCUGCCCGUUGCAAUGAGUGGACGACAGUUAAUCCUUUUUAUUGGUUUUUAGUUCCACUAAACCGAAGUGCAUCGUCCCGUAACCAUCUGAGACAUCCUCCCCGAACUGACAGCGCUGGCUCCUCCGUCAUCCUCCAAAGUUUCUCGACUAAGAGUCAUCUCCACCUGCAUCAGCUCCAAUACUCUACCCCACUCUCACCCCUCUACCCACCGACGACAUUUGGUGGCUGCAGUGAUGGCCUCACCUGGGGGCGCAACUUGCUGAGUGGGCGCCCCGCAGCCUCCUCUCUGGCCUUGGGGCGAAGAUUAGCCGGCAGACGGACCAUUUGGCCGGGUGCCAAUCGGACGAGCUGGUGGUGGGUACUUGAAUGUCCGUGGCGCAGUGACUGUGGAAAAUGGGCGCAGGAAAUCGACUCUAGAGAUGCAUUGGUCGAGCCGCGGCGCUGUAUUUCGCAAGAGUAUCUUAUAAGUGUGUAGCUAACAUGACAACAAUAAAAAUGCAGUCAUAUCCGGA